GGUUGCUUUGGGUGAAGUAUAUUGAAUGUCAGAAUUCAUAAAAUGGCCUUUCUGGUUCUUCUCCUUUCUUAGUAAUGGACCCUUGUUGGCUGCUACACUCAUUUCUCCAGUGUUUCUUCGCCCGACAGACUGCUCCUCUCAUUCUUACAGGCAUUAUGGAGGGAUAGCACAUAUAAGAUGAAAUACGAAGCAGCAGCUUUGAAACCUGAGCACCCGAACUCGGCAGCCUCAACUCAACUCGGCUUAACUCAGCCUCACUGAACCCAAUCUGAGACUCUCUGCUCACUGGGCUUGCUACAGCACUCCGAUCCUAGAACCCUCUUCAAUUCCAGCUAGAAUGUUUUAUCAGGCACUUCGCAGAUUUGGUCAAAAGCUGGUACGGAGACAUACACUGGAGCAAUACGUGGCUAAGAUUUCCACUGCCGGAAGGCUGAGCACUCUGGAUAUAGUGGCCUUGGGUGUGGUCAACACAGUGGGUGCAGGUGUGUAUGUCCUGGCUGGUGAGGUAGCCAAUGAUAAAGCAGGACCAUCCAUUGUGAUCUGCUUUUUGGUGGCCGCCCUGUCUUCUGUGUUGGCUGCUCUGUGCUAUGCAGAGUUUAGCGCCCGGGUUCCCCAUUCUGCUUCUGCAUAUCUGUACAACUAUGUCACUGUAGGUGAACUCUGGGCUUUCAUCACUGGCUGGAACCUCAUCCUCUCCUAUGUUACUGGUGCAGCCAGUGUGGCCCGGGCCUGGAGCUUAGCUUUUGACAACCUGAUUGGGAACCAGAUCUCUCAGACCUUGCAUGAGAGCAUCCCACUGAAUAUUCCCCAUGUCUUUGCAGAAUAUCCAGACUUCUUUGCCAUGGGCCUGAUGUUGUUGUUCACCGGACUGCUGGCUGUCAGGGCUAGUGAGUUUGUCUUGGUUACUACAGUGUUCACAGUGGUGAAUGUUUUGGUUCUUGGUUUUGUCAUCAUCUCUGGCUUCCUUAAGGGGAAACUGCACAACUGGCAGCUUACGGAAGAGGACUACAUAAUGACCAUGUUUAGACUCAAUGACACUUCUCCCUUGGGCCCUCUGGGCUAUGGAGGAUUUGUGCCUUUCGGUUUCCAGGGGAUUCUCCGUGGAGCAGCGACCUGUUUCUAUGCAUUUACUGGUUUCGACAGUGUUGUUACCAUUGCCGAAGAAGCCCAAAAUCUCCAGCGUUCUGUCCCCAUGGGCAUUGUGAUUUCAGUGUUCAUCUGCUUUUUGGUGUAUUUUGGGGUCUCUUCAGCACUUACGCUUAUGGUGCCUUACUACCAGCUUCAACCUGGGAGCCCUUUGCCUGAGGCAUUUCUCCAUAUUGGCUGGGCCCCUGCCCGCUAUGUCGUGGCUAUUGGAGCCCUCUGUGCUCUUUCUACCAGCAUCUUGGACUCUAUGUUUCUCCUUCGUUGGAUGACCUUCGUGAUGGCAGAUGAUGGCCUCCUGUUCGGUGUCCUUGCCAGGAUAGACUCCAAAACAAGCAUCCCCAUUGUGGCCACUGUGGUCUCGGGCAUUAUCACAGCAUUGAUGACAUCCUUCUUUAGACUCACUGAUCUUGUGGACCUCAUGUCAUUUGGGACCCUGCUUACUUACUCCCUGGUGGCUAUUUGUAUUCUCAUUGUCAGGUAUCAGCCUGAAUUGAAUGAUGAAGAAAAUGAAGCAGAGGCACAGGAGGAGAAUGGGCCUGAAGCAGAGAAGCUGACUCUGUGGAGACUAUUUUGUCCAGGAAGCUCCACCCCCACUCCACUCUCUGGCCGGGUUGUCUAUGUUUGCUUCUCACUGCUUGCUCUGCUCCUCCUUCUUCUUUGCUUGGUGCUGGUCCAGUGGCCAGUUCUACUGCUUUUUGAAAACCCACUGUUGAUUAUAGUAGUUGUGCUACUCCUGAUUCUCAUCACUGGGAUCACUGGGGUCAUCUGGAGACAGCCACAGAGCCCCACUCUCCUUUACUUUAAGGUCCCUGCUCUGCCUUUCCUCCCAAUAAUGAGCGUCUUUAUGAAUGUUUACCUUAUGAUGCAGCUGACACUUGGCACCUGGGCCCUCUUUGGUGUCUGGAUGCUGAUUGGGUUUGCUAUCUACUUUGGCUAUGGGAUCCACCAUGCAUGCAGGAUUAACCCCACUUGAGUUAGGACCAGAAUUGUGGACCUUGAACUCUGCAGUGCCUGUACAUAUUUGAUUUUACAUCAUCACACCUGGAUGCUGUCUGGUUUCCUUGCACAAUAAUGGAGGGUACUUUGGAGCACAACAUCAAUGAGAUAUUGAUGGGGAAACACUAAUAGAGCUCUGUAUGUAUUGUGAAGGAUGUGUCUUUGCUCUUUCUCAUCUUUAAAAAAAGUGUUUUUUUUUUUUUUUGUUUUUUAACUUAUCUGCUUUUCAAUUGUGUCUGUAACUAUUUACUGGUUUUAAAAACUUAUUAUUAAAAGAAACUAGAAAAAG